GUUUCACGAAUUUCUUGGAAAAUUUAUGUUAAAAAUCGAGAGAAAUAAAAAAUAAUAACUAUAACACGAGAGGAUAAUAAACAAAAAAUUCACACCUCCCCCCACUUUCCAUGCAUGCAAGAAAUGGAAUUGGAGAUAUAUUGCAAAGCAGCAUGGAAGUGGGCAUGGUUUGAUUGAGAGACGAACAGGAUUUUGCAGGAUCGUUCCUGUCAUGUUACUCUUGGUCGCAAGAAUUUUGCGUUUGCGUAGAACAAAUUCGAGCGGCUUUUCGUCAUCUCUCCGAUCUCUCGUCUUCUCUCUUGCUUAUAUCAUCGAAGCCGUCUGACUCGAGUUGCAAGACGGUAGAAAAUGUAGAAUUACGCUGCCGGGCACUGCAUGCUGACGAUUGAGUAUUCGUCUUUAUUUUAAAGGGUGCCGGCGACUCGCGCAUAUUCUGAAUGAGAUUAUGUGAUCUUUUUGUAAGAUUAAUUGCUAUAAUAUUCUCUCUUGCAUUCUUUUCAUCGCCACAAAUCAGACCGUCGAAUGCGAUGAUGAACACCCAUGAGAAAAGCCUCGUCGCCCAGCAGGGGCCCAAAGAUUCCGAAAGUGGAUUUUCGGAGUAUUCGAGCGCCACUGCCGGCAUUAUUGCCACCAUGAACUCGCCUCCUUCGAUCAACUUGCAGAACUUUCUGCAGUCGUGGAAACCAGACGAGCCAGAGUUGUUGACACCUCUAUGCCAUUUAUCCACUCUGGUUAUCAAUGUAAACGGAGUGGAGAUUCCUGGGCUCUUCACGCUGGAAGAUGCGUCUAAGCUUAAGUCUGCCCUGGAAGGUACCUCCAAAAGUCUUCCCUGCAUGCCUCUCAUCGGUGGCGAACCCACUCCGAUGGAGCAGUGUGAAAGUUGGGUCCAGUCCCUUCCAAAUCAUGUUCCUGUUAAUGAAUAUGAAACCACAGAAAACGAGAUCGCUCCUCCAAAUAUAAAGUUGCCAGAAACUGCCACUAAUUUGAAAUGCAAGCAUUCACCAAAGACUCGUCCAGUAAACACAAUGAUUGAAAGGCUGAAACCAAAACUACCAAGUGAAGCAAGACUGUCCCUGCCGAUGGACAUGGAUGACCAUAACAUUCCAUCUCAAAGAGCAUCUUCUCCAUUGUCGGAUGAAUCGUCUGAAAAAGAACCUGCACCUAUUCCAAACUUCCUAGCACUAGAUUUGGAGCUCUCCUCUGAAAGUAGUGAUGAAGAAGAAUCUCAACCUGUAGUCCCUGCAAAACCUCCAGUUGAGGGGGUCACCCUUCUGGAUGGGUUAAAACUCACAAUCAACUGUAAGGCCAUUAGAGCUGCCAAGUCAAAUAAACGCAAAAGGAGUUCCUCUAGCAAUAGUUCGUCAACAAGCAUGGAUGAAGAAGAUCUGCCUCUACUGGACGAUGCGUUUAUGUCAAAUGAUGAUCUUGAUUUGUCACCAGAGGAAGACUUUGAAGUUGGCUCUUCUUCUGACGUAGAAAUGGUCCUGCUUCCCAGCUCAAAGAAUGAAAAGGCUAUGGUGGUUCAUCUGCCGAAAAGGGAGCCUAGAGCUCUGGAAGAGGAAGAGAUGAUUAAGCAGGAGCGGAAAUACAUGCAGGCCUAUGACACGUGGCUUGAGUUGAGAAAACUGCAGUACGCUAAGUUCAUUCCGGAGGUGGUAAGAAAAAUGCCUUCAAAUAUGCAGCCAGUUGUCCGCCUGGAGAGGCGCCGGUCCAUUGAUGAAUUAGCCAAGGAAAUAAGCUUAGACUCUAGUGACCAGUGUUACCAGGAAUCUCAAGCGCCCGUCAUGAUCUCAAUCGAAAGUUCUGCAGAGGACUCGAGCAAUCCAUCGUUAAUUGUUGAGGCUGAGUUUGAAGCUGAAGAGACUUUGUUCUCUUUGCUGGACAAUCUUGAAAAUUUCUCCUUUAGCGGAAGCACUCAAAGUCAGGACUUUCCAAAUGUCUGCGUCUCGUCAGAAAUUAAAGAAAUGAGUGGAGAGGCAAACAAAGAGCCUGAUAAUAUCCAAGCUUAUGAUAUUGUGUCAGAAAUUAUUAGAGCAUCCAGUGAUAUUACGCCUAUGCCUAUUACCUGCGAAGACCAGAAUGAAGUACCUGCUGUUUCAAAUGAGCCACGUGAGGCUACUAAUGAAAUGCCUGCUUUGAAAAAGUUUAAAAUUACUGAAGGAGUAGAAUCUGUUGAAAAAGCAUCGGGUGAAAUAGAGCAGAACCACAAUCUCAUUAUCAAGAAGAGUCAAGACACUGCCACAGCGACUAAUGAUCAACAACCAAAAUCUUGUGAAGAGUGUGAAGACAAAGCUGUUGAGUUGGAAGAGACUGCAAUGCAGACUGGUAUUGUGCAAGAGUCUUGCAUGGAAGAGGAAGAACUUACACAUGAAGAUGAUAGCGAUCAGGAUGAAGACUGCAUUCAUCUACAGUUGAGUGAGGACGAAAUGGAAUUUUAAGGAUUUAGUCAAAAUUAUUUUGAAGACUAAUUUUUUUCUUCGGAGUCAUCACUCAAAUUCAAUUUUGAACAAUCUUUAAAGUACAAAUCAUUUUAAUUAUAAUUUGUAUGUAUUUCCAAGGAAGUAUAUUUAAACUUGUCUCAGCAGAGGAUCAUGACCCCAAGAAGGGAAUUCUUAUUUUCGAUUGCUUUGAAAGCAAGAAAUAAUAGAUUCAAGGUCACUUUCUUAAAAAUAUCAGAAUAGCUAAUUAACAAGUGCGUCAGCUAAGCUAUUACUCACAUAUUUAUUUUCUUUAAAAUUAAAAUUUGGUCCAACUAAUAUAUAAUCAAUUUUUCUUUAUAUUCAAAAUUCAUGCAAUUUGGACAAACUUUUCGCUGUCAACAAUCCUGUAGACGUCCUCUCGAUAAUUGCACAAGUCGUCCAAAAAUCGCUGCGAGCUUUCAUUGUGCAAUUUGGUCAGCACGGGGGGCAGGGGUUCGAUUCCUGCAGUUUUUGCCAAAUCUUCGUAAUAAUCACCCUGCAUUGGUCCCAUCAUGUGUCCCUGUCUGGGUCCCAGUCCUUUUUCCCUGCGAUCCUUAGCUUCAGCCUCCAUUUCAGCCAACAUAUCCUCGGAUGAGGGUAGUGUUAAUGAGCCAUCCAAGACUUUAAUGAAAAAUCGACUCUAAAAAAUACAAAAUUUGAAUUUCAAAACUUUAUAUUUAUGACCUAAAUUUUCAUACCUGCAAGUCAAACAUUGAGAAGGCGCAAACGUAAAAGGGCAGACCAACAAAGCACAUGGAAGGUUUGUUUAUGUGGACUAGGUGCUUGUACAGGGGCUGGACGUGAUUGUCUUUGACAUAAACUCCUGCCUCCUUGUCCAAGAACGGAAAACUAUAGCAGUAACCUUAAAAAUCAAUCUUCUUAUAUUUAUUUCAAUUUCCUAAUUUUUAAAUAAAACCUGUGCAGUAAAAUAUGACAUCGACUUCAGCAUUAGUUCCAUUUCUAAAAUGGAUUUUGUUGCCAUCCAUGCGAAUAAUGUCUGGGGUUUGGCGCACGUUCGGUGGGAAAACGGUUUUGAUGGGGUCGGGGUUGUGGUGGCUGAGCACCACCUCUUUGGCGCUGCGCGCGAUCUCAAGAGCCAAAUCCAUCCCCGAAGGUCCAGCGCCGACCACCACCACUCGCUGGCCAACAAAGGGGGACGGCUCGCGGUAGUCGUGGCUGUGCAGAAUUUUUCCAGAGAAUUUGGCUUGGCCCUCAAUCUCC